UAGAUACUCGCGGCGCAGUCAGUCAGCGCUCGCGGCGCCCGGCGCUCGUCACUCAGGCUCGAUAGCGCGCAACCGUCCCGCCGCCAUGAUCGCGCUGGCGCUGCUCGCGGCCGCGCUCGUCGCCGCCUACCUGUUCGGCACGAGGAACUUCUCGUACUGGCGGCGGCGCGGCGUCAAGCACGACCGCCCGCUGCCCUUCUUCGGCACCAACGCGCGCAACUACCUGCUUCGCAAGAGCUUCACCGAGCUGGCGACGGAGGCGUACCGCAAGUACCCGCGCGAGCGCGUCGUGGGCUUCUUCCGCGCCAAUCGGCCCGAGCUCGUCCUGCGCGACCCCGAGCUGGCGCGCCGCGUGCUGGUGGCGGACUUCGCCAGCUUCUACCCGCGCGGCCUCACGACGCAAGGCCGCGCGCCCGAGCCGCUGCUGCGCAACCUGUUCUUCGCGGACGGCGACCUGUGGCGCCUGCUGCGCCAGCGCAUGACGCCCACCUUCACCAGCGGCAAGCUGCGCGCCAUGUUCCCGCUCAUCGUGGAGCGCGCCGAGCGCCUGCAGGCGCGCGCGCUGGCCGCCGCGGCCGCGGGGCGCGAGCUGGACGCGCGCGACCUCAUGGCGCGCUACACCACCGACUUCAUCGGCGCCUGCGGCUUCGGCCUCGACAGCGACUCGCUCGGCGACGACGACUCCGCCUUCCGCCGCCUCGGCGCCAAGAUCUUCCAGCUCGGCGCCAAGGAGAUGUUCGUGGUGAUGCUGCGCGACAUGUUCCCGCUGCUGUUCGCCAACCUGAGCGCGCUCGGCCGCGUCGAAGCGGACUUCUUCCGGCUCGUGGACGAGGUGCUGCGGCGCCGCGACCACCGGCCGAGCGGCCGCCACGACUUCGUCGACUCGCUGCUCGAGUGCAAGCAGCGCGGCACCAUGGAGGUGGAGUCCAUCGAGCGGCGCCGCGCGGACGGCUCGCCGGAGCGCGCCUCGCUGGAGAUGGACGACACGAUCGUGGCGGCGCAGGUGUUCGUGUUCUUCGCGGCCGGCUUCGAGACCUCGUCGUCCGCCACCAGCAUGACGCUGCACGAGCUGGCGCACCACCCGCGCGUGCAGCGCAAGGCGCAGGCCGAGGUGGACGCCGUGCUGGCGCGCCACGGCGGCCGGCUGAGCUACGACGCCGUCAAGGAGAUGACGUACCUGGAGUGGACGCUCAAGGAGGGCAUGCGCGUGUUCCCGUCGCUGGGCUUCUUGAUCCGCGAGUGCGCACGCCGCUACACGUUCGAGGGGCUGGGGCUGACCAUCGACCCCGGCGUGCGCGUGGUGGUGCCGCUGCAGGCGCUGCACAACGACCCGCAGUACUUCGAGCGGCCCCACGAGUUCCGGCCCGAGCGCCACGACCCCGCGCGGCUCGACCCCGCGCACAAGCACGUGUACAUGCCCUUCGGAGACGGCCCGCGCGCCUGCAUCGGCGCGCGGCUCGGCCUCAUGCAGUCGCUGGCCGGGCUGGCCGCCGUGCUGGCGCGCUUCAGCGUGCGGCCCGCGCCGGGCGCGCCGCGCCGCCCCGCCGUCAACCCCGCCUCCGGCAUCGUGCAGAGCGUGGCCGGCGGCCUGCCGCUGCUGUUUGAGCUGCGCGACGCCGCCGCCGCGCCGCACAGCUAGGCGACACUGCCGCCCCGCCGUCAACCCCGCCUCCGGCAUCGUGCAGAGCGUGGCCGGCGGCCUGCCGCUGCUGUUUGAGCUGCGCGACGCCGCCGCCGCGCCGCACAGCUAGGCGACACUGCCGCCCCGCCGUCAACCCCGCCUCCGGCAUCGUGCAGAGCGUGGCCGGCGGCCUGCCGCUGCUGUUUGAGCUGCGCGACGCCGCCGCCGCGCCGCACAGCUAGGCGACACUGCCGCCCCGCCGUCAACCCCGCCUCCGGCAUCGUGCAGAGCGUGGCGGGCGGCCUGCCGCUGCUGUUUGAGCUGCGCGACGCCGCCACCGCGCCGCACAGCUAGGCGACACUGCCGCCCCGCCGUCAACCCCGCCUCCGGCAUCGUGCAGAGCGUGGCCGGCGGCCUGCCGCUGCUGUUUGAGCUGCGCGACACCGCCGCCGCGCCGCACAGCUAGGCGACGCCGCCGCCGCGCCGCACAGCUAGGCGACGCCGCCGCCGCGCCGCACAGCUAGGCGACACUGGUGAUGCUGGAGAUUGAAUGCAAACACCACUGUCUGCGCCACAUACUUACUUAGAUACCAAUAGGCAAUUAAAUAGGCGGUGCGAUGUAUCACUUGUCGUAGUAGGAAAAAUUCCAAAGUUCUGUGAGCGGCUUUUGGCUUCACAAGGUGUAGGUACCUAUUCUCAACAGAAAGAAGUCUGACUAAGUUUUUUUUUUUGUGAUAAUAUUUCGGAUUUUUUCCUUUACUUGUGGUAUAAGACCUACCUACCGCCCAUGAUUCUAGGUCAACGGGAAGUACCUACUCUAUAGCUUAUCUUAACAGACCAGGCGGACAGACAACAAAGUGAUCCUAAAGGGUUUCGUUUUUCCUUUUGAAGUAACCCUAAAAAGACCCCAAAAAUUAUAAAGCCAUCUUGAAGAUAGUUGCUUUCUUUGGGCUAGGCUGUCCGAUCUUGAGGAUAUCAAGAUCGGACAAAAGGAUAUUUCGAGGUAAUUUCUGUCGAUGAAUACCUACCUACCUACCUUCCUUCCUGUAGGUAUCUACUUUUCACAUAGCUUUUGUUGCAAUUUGUCGGUGAGGGAGGCAGGUACCUGUAAUCUACGACCUGUCCAUAAGUAGAUAGAUAACUAUUUUGUACCUACGUACAUAUUUAAUUAAGAUAGCUGAGUAGGUAUUAUUGACAGAUUGAUAACCAGCAAGUACCUAAUUGCUCUGCACAACUACCUAAUACCGGCCUGCUGGUUUGUUGUCGUUAGAACAUUAGACAUUUGCUUCAUGUAUGUUUCUACACGUAGCUAUGUAUGAAGUCAGACGAGCAUUCGAGGAAACUAGAAAUGGAAGUAGAAUGACUUCAAUACAAAUACCUAUGAACUACGUGUAGAAACAAAAUUAUUUUUUACUUUUUAGUAGCUUGGGAAGUCGGUUUUCAGAAAUAUUUUUUGUCGUCAUGAAUCGCGUGUUAGCAUGUAAGUAUAACAAUAUGCCGUCGACGUCAACUUGCGCGAGACCCGCGCGGUGUGCGCCUUCUCUUAUUUAUUUACUAUUUUAUUCUACACUCAAACACCCAAAUAAAUGAAUCGAUACUCGAUUAUAUUCGACACACUAUUUUUCUUGCAGUUAAGAGGGCUCCCUCCGUCACUCGUUUCAUACAAUCGUAGUUCCAAUUUCAUUUGAAUAUUAAGCAACCAAAGUCCAUGAAAUUUUGGA